UCAACCGCGGGGUCUUCACUCAAACAGAGUCGAGGGGAAUUCACUGCAACUGGAAAAGCUACACGCUGCGAACUUUCUCAUCGCCUUUUCUGUCUCUGAACGCCAACUUUGCAGGAGACCCUGGCGGUACCAUGUCCACUGGGUCCGUUAGCGAUGCAGAAGACCUUCAGGAAAUGGAAGUGCUGGGAGCAGAGGGCGACUGCGACGGGCUAAAGAGGAAAUCGAACAAGGAUUUCUGCACCUCCAACGACAGUAAUGAAGACAGCUCCAACUAUGAGCACGAGUCCCCAAAGAAAGGCAGGGGGGCUUCGGGAAAGGGCCGCAAGACGGCCUCCAAGAAAGCCUCUCUGAAUGGGGUGACCCAGGAAGGGAAACAGAUCCAGCGUAACGCUGCAAAUGCUAGGGAGAGGGCCAGAAUGAGGGUGCUCAGUAAAGCCUUCUCCAGGCUCAAAACCACCUUACCCUGGGUGCCACCAGACACUAAACUCUCCAAACUCGACACCCUCCGGCUGGCAUCCAGCUACAUAGCCCACCUCAGACAGAUUCUAGCCAACGACAAGUAUGAGAAUGGCUACAUACACCCUGUAAACCUGACGUGGCCGUUCAUGGUGGCCGGGAAACCAGAGAACGAGCUAAAGGAGGUCGUGAACACGGCCCGUUUGUGUGGGACGACGGCGUCGUGACGAAAAAGGAAAAUUCCCGCUCAAAUGAAGCCGGAGGGUAAACGAGAAGCUGAUAAAUGGACAAACGAUGAGCUGACUGCCGGCCGGGCCCUGUAAUCAUCUCAGCCUGGGCUCUAUCACAGGAGAAUGUUCUUACACUCCUACCAUGUCGAUAUUGUUCCACUACUUUGCUGGUCAAAGUGCCAAAAAGGGGUUUAAACGCCUUCAUUUGUAAUAGUGACAGACUUUAAUGUCGUGCAAGAUAAUGUAGGUAUGUUGAAUUUCAGCACUGGCGUUGACAGUCAGUUGCCGUGUAAGGAAGCAUCAUAUAAAAGAUAUAUAUUUUCU